CAUUACUAUCUGUGGUCAAUUGUAAGUCUCCCUGGUCAUCAUAAACAUAAACAACUAAUUAAUCAAAUAUUUGGUGAAUUUGUGAUUUGGUGUUUUGGUAUCAUUUUUAUUAACAAUAGUAAAAAUCAUAAUAAGAACAGUAACACAUCAAUAAUAAAUAAACCAUGAGUCGAAAAGAAGCAUUAUCCACUUUUAUACAACAAAUACACGCUAGACCAGUUGUAGUGAAAUUAAAUAGUGGAGUAGAUUAUAGAGGUGUUCUGGCGUGCCUAGAUGGAUAUAUGAACAUCGCUCUCGAGCAGACUGAAGAAUAUGUCAAUGGACAACUUAAAAAUAAAUUCGGAGAUGCUUUUAUUCGAGGCAAUAAUGUUCUUUAUAUAAGCACCCAAAAGAGAAGAUAUUAGGUUUAGCUGUAUAUACAUUGGUUAAGGUAAAAAUAAAUGAUUUGUAUUUUGU